AUGCACUUCACCGACUCCUCCUCUGCGGGGCACGAGGCCGAUGGCGACGGUCACGGGAACAGCCUGGGCGAGACGUGGCCGCGCUCUGCAGGACAGUCUACAGGACAGUCUACAGGACAGUCUACCGGACAGUCUGCAGGACAGUCUGCAGGACAGUCUGCAGGACCGUCUGCAGGACAGGCCGCCGGCAACGUUGCCAUUGUGCGCUCGCCGCAUGUGAGCCUCUUCUCGCCAGGCGUACCCGCCAUGUCUCCCUCUGCCAGUGCCUCCGCAGACGCCGCCGUCGGACAUGCCCGGCCACCACACGAGGGCAGUCCGAGUCCUGCUCCUGCACGCCCGUCCCGUCCACAAUCUGCGCUCGCAGCAGUUGCCAGCAUGACAAAGCGCACUUCGCGCCUCAAGCUGGGCGACAACCGCACGCCCAUUGUGCAACUUCAGACGCAGAUACCGAGCGUGCAAAAGAGCGGCGAUGACCCCACCACGCCCCUCGACACGCCUGGGAAGAAGCGGACCACCAUCGACCUCAUCGGCAACGAAUACGCUGCCGUCAACUCGCUGAGCGGCCUCUUCGCCAGCAGCACCAGCAUGUCCCACAGCCGAGCCCCGUCCUACAACCAAGCAACUGGGCCGUUGUAUCUGCGAGCAUCCAACGACGCUGUGCCCCUGCCCGACCACCUCUUCACCCGCGGUCUGCUCCAAGGCCGCCACUCGGACAUCUGCAUCAUUGCGUUUGGCAAGCGCUACAACCUGCAUCGUCUGCUGCUCGAUCGCGCGCCUUUCUUCACCACUGCUCUCUCCGAGCCCUGGAUUGAAAGCCAGUCCAGGGAAGUAACGCUGCAUCCUGAGGAAAUCGACCAAAGCAUCACCCAAGCAGCAUUCGAGCUGGCCAUCAGGAGAAUCUACGGCGUUGACAUCUCAAAGGAGAUCGAUGCCGAAGCUGUUGGUUUGUUCGCCACGGGAUGCUGGCUGGAGAUGCAAGACCUCAUCGACGCUGCCAUCGAAUCCAUUCUGCAUCAAAUGGCACCGAUAACCCUUGCACCCCUCAUACGACUGGUCACUCUCAACUACUACGGCCGCUCAGGAGAGCGAAUCCUCGAGUCAGCCAAGGCCAUGCUGAGCAGAAACGGCUGGGAGAUGCCGCUCAAGAACUGGGACGAAAUGCCGGGUGACAUCAUCCGAGAGCUCGUAGGGUCAGAUGGCUUCUUCGUCGACAGCGAGUGGCACAGAUGGGUGCUUGCCAAGCGUCUGCUGGAUCGCCGCCUGAAGCACGUCGCCGUCGAAGCCGGCUUGAUGAAGCGCGGCCAGAAGCCUGUGCCCAAGGCUCCUCAAUCCAUGCGCUUCAUGGCCGUGCGCUUCGACGGUGUUUACCGUCAGAAUGCACUGACCGCAACGCAAGCCUAUGCCUCCGAUGUACAGACAGAGUGGCUUACAGUGUAUACGAAUCCCGAUGUCGAGCGCCUCUUGGUCUUGCUCGACGAGGGUAUCCACUACAUCCACAUGGAAUACGAGCAGCUCGAGUUCAUCCGCACUGCUCGCGAUAUCUUUGGCCUGCCAGUCAUGCCUGAGAGAGUCAUUUCGAAUGCUCUGUGGCAGCAGUUGGCCCUGCGCCAGAAGGUGCUCAAUGCAGGAGAGUCAGCCAUGGAGCUAGGGUUGUGUCACGGACCAGACGAUCCGGAGACCACGGAUGUGCUGUCCAAGGCCGACGACACACUCGCAUCAAAGGGCAAGCGGAAUGCAGAUGAAUCAGAAGACGGGUUGGAGACCGAGUCUGAAAGUUGGGACGGUAACGGCAGGCCUCGCAAGUUCUGGAUUCCUAGCUCAGAUUGCAACAUUGUUCUCGGCAAUGGUGCAGACCCUGUCGUGACGACUUCAAACACAUUCCAGCGCCACGCAACUCGUCUGUCUGCUACGAUCCAGCCAGAAGAUGCACAGUGGGCAACCGAUUUCGCCUCCACACCUUCCACUCUUGCCAAUCCAAACGUACGCGACUAUCCCCAGAGACCGGUCUCAGCAGGUGGAAGCAAUGCCGGGCAACCCAAGUCAUUGGCAUUCAGCGAGUUCCCUCCCUUCCGUUUUGCAGCCGAGUUCCCUAAUCCUCGCUUUUUGAAGGAGAGGAAGAGGGUAUAUUCGAGGACAGUCUCAUAUGCUGGAUCUCUGUGGAACAUUUACAUUCAAAAGGUUCGCUCAGCCAAGAGCGUACAGCUCGGCGUCUACCUCCACCGUGCCAAGGAGCGUGAAGUGGACGAGAGUUCACAAGACAGCGGCCUGAGCCAGCAGAGUAACGCGACAGUUGACUCUCGAAUCGGUCAGCUUGAGCGUGAGAUGCUCAUGCGCAGCGAGCGAAGGGAGCGUCGCCGCAGCACCCGGGCGAUCAUGCAGGACAACAUCGGCGAGGACGACACAAGUGGCAGCGGCGGCGAUCCAGACUCCACGCUGGUAUCGACAGGCUCUCGCAGCCAUCUCCUGUCGAGCAGUGGCUUGGGUCGUCGUCGAAGCGUGCCCAUCGCCCGCCUCUCUAGCCGUGGUCUGCACACUCUCGCAACAUCCCCCCCAGAUGCGGGGAAUCUCGACACGCCCAUCUCAUCUGCAUUCGGACACUCGCAUCACGACGACAAUGAUUCAGACGACCAAGACGAGCUAGACUCGAUUUACACGAACCCCUCUCUCACGCCCCUCGCCCGCCGACCCCGUCUCAGCAUGCCCACUCUACCACCGUACGUUGACGGCCGCCCUACCAUCAAAACGUACUUUAAGAUCUACAGUCCGUCCAAGGGCGGUCGCAUGCUGAGCAUCUACGAGAGCGCUCCGGAUAAGUUCAAUUUCAGCCAGAGCUGGGGAUGGAAGAGCAGCACGCUCAUGCUCGACGAAGUUGCCAUUAACGGCACUGCAGACGACUCUCCGCCCGCGCUGGGAUCGAGUCCCCCUAAGAAGGGCGACGGGAAGUUGAGGUUCAUGGUGGUUAUUGGCAACUUGUAG